AUGGCCUGGCUGGAGCGCUUCGCCGUGCAGUCUCGCGAGCCAACGCCUUCGCCUACUCCUAGUCGGACUUUCUCUCCUGCUCCGAGACGAUCCAUACAGCUAGGGCCGAGCACGCUUCCUCGACGUCCUGGGCUCCAGCCUAGAACGUCCUCGCUCUCACUUGCUUCUGUCACCGGAUCGACUGAGAGCUUGCCCGCAGCAGCCAGAGUUCCCCAUGGCUCGAAUUUGAAGAAUCAGCUGGCAGAGUCUUUUGGGCCAGAUGCACCAGACCCACUGCAAGUCUUGGAGGGUAUAGUUGGAAAGAUCAAGCCACCAGAUGCUACGAAAGAUCCAUGGGAAGGUGUCGAUACCGCUACAAUCGCAGGGGAACUCGACUUCGGUUCACUGAGUUUGGAAGAGUUUGUCAACGCGGAGGUAGAUGCGGCCGCCAGCGACAAAGAUGGCAUCAAAGAGAUCGCAGCGUUGCACGAUUUUGAGAAGGAUAGAGACAAGUUCGAAGACCUUCACAAAUCCAUUCUCGCUUGCGACGAGGUACUCAAGUCUGUGGAAUCCUACCUGACCAGCUUCCAAGCCGAGUUAGCAGCAGUAUCAACUGAGAUCGAAUCUUUACAGAAUCGCUCAACGGAUCUGAACAACAAGCUGCAAAACAGGAAGGCGGUGGAGAAAGUGCUUGGUCCCGAGGUCGAAGCCUUUAGCAUACCUCCAGCUGUUGUUCGAAAGAUCACAGAAGGUGCUGUUGACGAGCAGUGGAUCAAAUCGCUCCACGAACUUGAAAAGCGUUCCCGGUCCAUUGACGCCAAGAUCAAAGAGGGCAAAGAUAUAAAAGCCGCUCAAGACAUUCAGCCUUUCAUUCAGGAUCUGUCCUCAAAAGCCGUCGAGCGAAUUCGGGACUAUGUUGUUGCUCAAGUCAAAGCAUUACGAUCACCCAGCAUCGACGCGCAGAUCAUCCAACAGAACAGCUUUCUGCGGUAUAAAGAUGUGUUCGCGUUCCUUGCUAGACAGCAACCGAGUCUGGCCGAGGAGAUCUUGCAAGCUUAUAUCAACACCAUGCGAUGGUAUUAUGUCCACAACUUCAUGAGAUACAAGACUGCCAUGGAGAAGCUUACUGUUCAUGUCAUUGACCAAACGGAAGUCAUUGCCGGAGAGCCUGGAGUGAGGAGAGGCAAGAAUGGUGCAACAUAUGACGCAUUUUCAAUUGGUCGACGUGCAGAGAUACUUCGAACAUCCAAUAAAGCUGCACUGCCUUCCUUCGCAGCAGAGGAUGACAAAGGCACACAUUACUUGGAGGUGCCUUUUCGCGCGCUGAACUUAGCUCUGGUCGAUAACGCUUGCGCGGAGUACUCUUUCUUGACCGAGUUCUUCUAUAAGCAGCCCUUUCAAACUACAAAUCGAAAGUUCAACGAGAUCUUUCAACCAACCUUCGAACUGGGUUACGCGUUGACCAAGGAGCUUAUCGAGCAGACGUUCGACGCAAUGGGCAUCCUGACUUGCGUUCGUCUUACGCAGCACUUUGCCUUCGAGCUGCAACGUCGGAAGGUACCUGUUGUUGAAGGCUAUAUCAAUGGCACAAAUAUGCUGCUAUGGCCGCGCUUCCAACAGAUCAUCGACGCGCAUUGCGAAUCGAUACGAAAGAUCACUGCUUCAUUGUCUGGUAAGCCAGCGGGGUCUGCUCUGACCCUGACUUCUUCUUCGCAGGCCCAGACGACAGCGCCUCACCCGCUGACGCAGCGCUUCGCCAACUUCGUGCAGGGUAUACUUGCGCUGAGCACGGAGGCUGGAGAUGACGAACCGGUCUCAAACAGCCUUGGAAGACUGCGCGGCGACUUUGAGGCUUUCUUGCUGAAGCUGAGCAAAGGCACAGCGGAGGUGAGGAAGCGAGAGCGUUUCUUAUACAAUAACUACUCGCUCGUCUGUACCAUUAUUGCCGAUACCGAAGGCAAGUUGGCCGAUGAAUUGAGAGGGCAUUUUGCGGACUUGAGAGACGCAUUGAAUGUAGAUUCGUAA